AUGAGCACAUUAAAUCUUCAAUUUACUACUGAACCGGAAGCUGCUGCAAUUCAUUGUAUAAAUACAUUAAAAGAUCUCAAAUUAGUAACAGGAGUAACAUACUUGGUUGUUGAUUGUGGUGGAGGAACUGUGGACUUAACAGUUAGAAAGUUAUUACCAAAUGAACAAAUGGCAGAAAUGACUGAGCGUUCAGGAGAUUUUUGUGGAGGUACCUAUGUUGAUGAUGAGUUUUUAAAAUUCCUUGAAAGUAGAGUAGGUAAAUCUGCAAUGAACAUGUUAAAGGAGAAACAUUAUGGUCAGGUUAAUUAUUUAAUACAUAAAUAUUUUUGUCCUGAUAUUAAAAUUCCAUUCACUGGUGAAAAAUCCAAAUUUAAAAUUAUUGAAUUGGACAUUGAGAAAAAAUGUCCAGCACUUAAGCAAUAUGUCACUGGGUCAGAAAGAGAUCAAUUAUCAGAUGAGGAUGAAUGGGUCAUUGAUCUUGAUUUUGAUACUGUGAAAUCAUUUUUUGAUCCAGUAAUCAACAAAAUUUUGAGAUUGAUUGAGAAACAGUUGUCAAAAUGUUCAGACUGUUCAAUGAUGUUUUUGGUUGGAGGAUUCAGUGAAUCAAAAUAUCUUCAAUCUAGUAUUAAACAAAAAUUUGGAGAUAAAUUGGAUAUAUUAAUUGGUCGUAAAUGGCAAAUUGGUGAUCCACUGUCUCGUAAAAUGAUAAAUGGUCGGAUCCACAGGUUUUAUUUGAUGGCCAGAAAAGGAACAGAGGUGGAUGUAGACAGAAUAUUUUCCCAGAGAUUAGCUCCACACCACCCAAAUCAAACCAAUGUAAUGCUUGACUUUUAUUAUACUGCCAAACAUGAUGCAACAUAUUGUGAUGAACCUGAGAUGAAAGAAUUGGGUCGUUUCUAUGUUGAUUUGCCUGACACUCAUUUAGGACUGAAUCGUUCUGUACUAUUGACAUUACAUUUUGGAUCUAUGGAAAUUGUUGCAACAGCAAAGAAUGAAACUAAUGGUAAAAUUUAUCGCACAACAUUUAAAAAAAUUAGAUAA